CUGUGAUUUUAUUUAUAAACGAAAUUAUUGUAAACAAUGUAAACAAAAACUUUAUUCUGAAGAAGAUUUUGAUAAUGAUGCUGAUAUCACAACUAAAUCAACUAUUUCUGAAAGAUUUUCAGAUUAUAAUACUGAUAAUGGCUUUGUUAUUCCUGAUAAUGAAAAAAAAUAUUUUUAUAUUAAAUUUCCUAAAUCAAUUCAAAUUGAAGAGAUUAAUGAAGAAGAAACUAUAAAAGAAAUUGUUGCAACUGGUCAAGCUUUACAACCAGUUCAACAUAACAUUUAG